AUGGACGACGAUGAAAAAGCGCAAAUUAUUCGCGGUUUUGUCAGCAAGCGCGCAAAAAUCGAGCAACGAGAGCGUUUAACGAGUCUCGGUCUGCAGGCUUUCCUCCAUUUCAACGUUUACUUUAUGCCGGUUUUGCUCAUUUUUGGAGUCUCUUGUUUCGUCGUAAAGUACUCCCUCUUGUCUGUCACGUAUCAAGUGCUUCUCAUCUCGAUUUUUAUCGUUUUCUGUAUCGUUGAAUGCGUUCGACUUUUGCUCGGCUACUACGGGAAUCUGGGGGAAAAGAUCCCAGCGCUUUCCGGUUUCUGGAUCACCUCUCUCCUCAUCCAGCUACCCCUUUCGCUUUUUCUCCUCUUCAACGCCGAUAUCCGACCACUUCCCCUCGAGAAAGCUGUCUACGGGAUUCACAUCAUUUUCCUCAUCGGCGAGGCAGUCACCGGUUUCGAUGUAAUGCGUCGCAUCGCCAAUCAUCAAAUGAUCAAUUUUCAAAAAAGAAUCGAACAAGAAGAGAUCGAAACAAACGAAAAAGAGCAAAAA